AUGGCAAUCGACUUUUCCUCAUCCACCGAGCUCCGCAUCGAGCUCCUCCAAUACUUCCAACACAACGAGCUUGCAGAAGAGGACCUGCUCUCUGAAUGCAUCAAGCUCUGCCAGAACUUCCACAUCACGCCCGAGAAUGUCUACUACAAAUGGGAGGCGCUGAACUUUAAUACUGGGCGCAGCGUCAAUCUAUUUACCAUGGACUCGGUCAACCAGAUCAAGGCGGCGAUCCAGCAGGACCUGGCAAAGGAGCAGGCGAAGAAGGCGCGUGCGCAGUUGAGCGGGAGGAUGACGAGGGGCCGGGCGCCGGUGCUGGGCUUACCAGGCCGGAUGGGUACGCCGGUGAAGAGGUCUACUGUGGGGGGUGCGCAGAGCUCAGGUGCGGGUGCGAGCGUGGCGGGCCCAAGCAAGGUCAAGUUCGUCGGCCCCAGCAGUGAUCCUGCUGCUGUGAAGAAGCGCGCUUACAGGUACAUGUACGAGAAAAUCUCAGAGCGCAGCGAAGUCCUGGACGACCGCAUCGACGACUUCGCAGAGCUCAUCCGCACGUACUAUUCCAUCUCCGAAUUCGGCGACCCCGGAUCCUCCACAGACGAAGAAACCACGAUAGUAGGCCGCAUCGUCCCCGACGCCGAGUCCCUCUCCACGAAACUCAACGACGCCUCCGUCGUCCUCGAGACGUCCAAGAUGCUUGGCUCCGGCGCGCGCGUGCCCCUCCGGUUCGACCCGUCCCUGAAGAUCACUGCGUCGCCGAGUGGAGGGGAGCUAGCAGGGAUCGGAUUGUUCCCCGGAGCGAUUGUGGCGAUGAGAGGAAGGAAUGGGGGCGGGGGAUACUUUUUGGUUACAGAAAUCCUUAACCUACCCCCCCUCAGAACAAGACCCGUAGACGAAGCAUCAGAAACAAGUGGAGGCGACGAUCCCGGAUCGGUGUUCAUCGCCUGCGGACCAUACACACCCGACACCGACCUGGGGUACAAACCCUGGACAGACCUGCUCAAGAAGAUCAAAGCCAAGAAGCCCGACGUCCUCAUCCUCCUCGGCCCCUUCAUCUCCACCGAUCACCCGUACAUCCGGCAGGGCCUCGCGUCCUCACCGCCCGCAGAGCUCUUCCGGGACACCUUCCUCGCGCCGCUCGCCGAGUUCCUCGCCAGCGCCCCCGGGAGCGCGGUGGUGCUCGUGCCCUCCGUCAAGGAUAUCAUCUCAGAUCACGCGGUCUUCCCGCAGGCGGAGCUCCCCGCGAGCCUCAUGUCCGACCCGCGCAUCCACCUCGCGCCCAACCCCGCGCGGUUCUCGCUGAACGGGAUCACGUUCGGCGCGAGCACCGUCGACGUGCUCUUCCACCUCCGCAAGGAGGAGUACUUCAAACGCAGCCUAACGCCUGUCGACCAGCCGCAGGACGCGAUGUCGAGUCUCUGCAGACACGUCUUGCAGCAGCACAGCUUCUACCCCAUCUUCCCCGCCCCGCACGAGCUCGCGCACGACGUUAACCUCGACGUCUCGCACUCUGCCGGGCUCGCGCUCGAUGCAGAGUGCGCGGAGGCGGCCGCGCCGGAUGUGCUCAUCCUCCCGAGCAGGCUCAAACAUUUUUCCAAGGUCGUGGAAGACACGGUCGCGAUCAACCCGACUUUCCUUACGAAAGGUAUAUACGCCGAGAUGAGGCUACCUGCCAGGAGGACGGCGGGGCUAAAGGAUGAGAUACUCAAGAGGAACGUGAUGAAGCUAGAGGAGUAG